UCACAUUUUUCCUCUCCACAAAUUAUUGCAUCUAUUGAAUGUUUUUUCUUGUACUGGUAUUUCCACCUAGACCCAUGCCUUCUUCUUCAAUGUCAAACACUAGGGCGUUCUCAUUCUCAACGACCUAAAUAGAUGACAGUGAGAGAAAGAGGGCUUCUCAUUCAUGUUUUCAUAUGACUGUAUCACUAUCAAGGAGCUUUUUCAACAUACUCAACAUGGUUUUCAUCGGGGCAUUAUUGUUCAUCUUCCUACUUCAACACCCAGUUUCAAUAUUUAGUCUCACCUAUCCUAGGGAUCACCAUCCUUCUCAUUCCCUUCUCACAGAUAAGGAUGCUCUUCUGGAGUUCAAGAAAACAAUUAUAUUUGAUCCACAUUCCACACUUUCUAACUGGGAUGAAGCUGUUCAUGUGUGUAAUUUCACUGGUAUUAAAUGCGAUAAAUUUCAGCACCGAGUUACUGAACUGAUCCUCGCCGAAACUCAUCUUGUGGGGUUGCUUUCACCCUUCCUUUCCAAUCUCACUGGACUGCACACCCUUGACAUUGUUGACAAUCAAUUAUUUGGCAAUAUUCCACCAGAACUUUGCUCCCUUAGUCGCCUCCAUAGACUCCAUCUUGAGGGGAACAAUUUGCAUGGUUGCAUACCAGACUCCUUUUCCCAGCUUUCCAGACUUAAUGUGCUGCAUAUCAAAGAUAACAACAUAACUGGUUCACUUUCACCAUCUCUUUUCUCCAAUUGCACACUAGAAAUUGUGGACCUUUCUAGCAACUUCCUCAGUGGUAAGAUCCCUGAAGAGAUUGGAAACUGUCCAGGUCUGCUGAGUCUCAAUCUAUACAACAAUCAAUUUACUGGACGGAUUCCUCUCUCUCUUACUAAUCUGUCACUUGUAAACUUAGAUGUAGAGUACAAUCUAUUGUCUGGAGAAUUGCCCUUAGAGUUUGUCAGCAGUUGUCCUGAACUUCUUUACCUACAUUUGUCAUACAACUAUAUGGUAAGUCAUGAUCAUAAUACCAAUCUUGAUCGAUUUUUUGCUGCUCUUAGAAACUGCAGCAGUCUAGAGGAGCUUGAAUUGGCUGGCAUGGGCCUUGGAGGAACGUUCUCCAAUACCGUUAGUCAAGUUGGCAUAAAACUAAAAAGUUUACUGCUGCAGGAAAACCAAAUAUAUGGAUCGAUCCCUGACAGUGUAUCAAAACUUUCCAGCCUUAUGAUACUAAAUUUAACAUCUAAUCUUCUCAAUGGAACUAUUUCACCGGAGAUCAGCAAGUUGUCAAACUUGGAACAACUUUUCUUAUCAAACAACCACUUCAAAACUGCAAUUCCAGAAGCACUGGGCAACUGUCUAAAUCUGGGUCUGCUGGAUCUGUCGCACAAUGAAUUUUCAGGAGGGAUUCCAGAAAGUCUGGGAAAGUUGGGACGACUAAAUUCUUUGUUUCUCAACAAUAACCAUCUGACUGGGAAAGUACCUUCUACAAUAGGCCAGUGCAUUGGUCUAUAUAGGCUUGACCUGUCUUAUAAUAGGUUAUCAGGAAGCAUCCCACCAGAACUCACAGGCCUGCAUGAAAUUAGAAUUUUCAUAAACCUCUCAAAUAACCAACUAGAAGGUCCCCUGCCAAUUGAGCUCAGCAAGCUAGAAAAGGUUCAAGAGAUGGAUUUUUCGUCAAAUUACCUAAUAGGAAAUAUCUUCCCCCAGAUAGCAAGCUGCAUUGCUGUAUCGAUGAUUAAUUUUUCAAACAAUUUUCUACAAGGUGAGCUUCCCGAAUCCUUAGGUGAACUGAAGAACCUCGAAACUUUUGAUGUUUCACAAAACAAAUUGUCUGGAUUGAUCCCCAAAACUCUUGGUAAAAUUGAUACACUUUCUUUCCUCAAUCUAUCAUAUAACAAUCUGCAAGGAAUGGUUCCAUCUGGUGGUAUCUUUGAUUCAUCGUCAAAUUUAUCAUUCUUAGGAAACCCACAUCUUUGUGGAACAAUUACAGGCAAACUAUCAUGCUUUGAAAAGAGACAUUGGUUCAGAAAUCGCCUAUUCUUAAUUAUUUUCAUCUUGGUCAUCUUCAUAAUCUUGUCAAUGAUUUUCUGCAUAAUUGGAUUUAAGUGUCUUGAAGUGAUUAUUUCCAGCCAGGGAACUGACUUAGCUGGCAAACCAGCUAAGCGUGAACUAAUAAGUAACUUCCCAAGAAUCACAUACCAGGAACUUGCAGAUGCCACUGGAGGAUUUGAUGAUCAGAGACAAGUAGGAUCAGGUAGCUAUGGACGUGUCUACAGAGGAGUUCUUCCAGAUGGAACACCAAUAGCAGUCAAGGUGCUGCAUUUGAAAUCUGGAAAUUCCAUCAAGAGGUUCAACAGAGAAUGCCAAGUUUUAAAGAGGAUUCGGCACAGGAACCUGAUAAGGAUUAUCACUGCAUGUAGUCUACCUGAAUUUAAGGCUCUUGUUUUGCCUUAUAUGGCUAAUGGGAGUUUGGAGAGCCGCCUCUAUGCUUCUCCUGGAUCUUCUGAUUUGAGUAUCACCCAGAGGGUGAAUAUUUGCAGUGACAUAGCAGAAGGGAUGGCCUAUCUGCAUCAUCAUUCUCCAGUCAAAGUCAUUCAUUGUGACCUAAAACCAAGCAAUGUUCUUCUUAAUGAUGACAUGACAGCUGUAGUUUCAGAUUUUGGGAUUGCAAGGUUAAUUAUGAGUGUUGGAGGAGGAAAUAAUGGGUUUAAUGAUAACAUGGGGAGCUCCACUGCAAAUUUGUUAUGCGGGUCUAUCGGAUACAUUGCACCAGAGGGCAGAAGAGAUCAUUUAGAGGAAACAUUUGCCUGUAGACCUAACUGCCAGUUGAUCACUAAAUGUGCAAAGAACAAGUAUAAAGAUCAUGCAGAGUACGGAUUUGGAUCAAAUAUAUCAACAAAAGGAGAUGUGUACAGCUUUGGUAUUCUAGUUCUUGAGAUGAUGACUAGAAAAAGACCAACAGAUGACAUAUUUUCUGGUGGCUUAAGCCUGCACAAAUGGGUAAAAUUUCAUUAUCAUGGAAGGUUAGAGAAAGUGAUAGACCCUGUCUUGGUUACUGCUUCAAGAGAUCAGUCUCAUGAGGUAAAAAGAAUGCAAGGAGUCGCAAUUGGAGAGCUAAUUGAGCUGGGGAUCCUUUGCACACAGGAAUCACCAUCUACAAGGCCUAGCAUGCUUUAUGUAGCCGAUGACUUGGAUCGUCUCAAGAGAUACCUUACUGGGGAUAUAACUAGGACUUUUGCCUCAUCUCUUGGAAUUUCAUCUUCUACUACAGAUGAUUUUUGAAAGUUUUUCUAUGAUGUAGUCUUGAAGUAAAAUUUCAAGGAGUGUUAAUGGAAUGGUCCAAAUGCUGUUAGUCAUUAUUUUGUAUUGACGUUAGCUGUCUAGUUUUCCAAAUA